GAAAUUUAGUUGGUGCUUCAAAAAUUACGUCCCUCCCCCUUUUUCAAGUAAACUGGUUCUCAUAUAUAUACACAAGCAUCGAUAUAUACAUACAACCUAUACAUACACAUAUAUACACAUUCCUUAUCACUGUACUGUAGCCGCCUUUCCGGCAAUCUCAAAUCUCUCCGAUCGCCGUCGAUCUCUCAACUCUCAUACACUAGAUUACCCGAAAGUGGUCAUUUUUGCCUAAAUGCCAAUUCCAAGAUUGAGUACCAGCAUUACUUCAGAUGUAACGAAGUCAGUGGAGGGGAAUGAUUCUCUAGACACUUUUAUUAGACAGGCAGUUGGAAAGGAGCCUUAUCUUUCUUUCUCAAGGACAAAUGAUAGUCCAGUGCAGUGGAUCCAAUUACUGCACGCUCUAGACCAACAAGAUCUUCCUGGUUGGCCGCUGCUAACACCUUUGAAGGUUCAAAUGCAGAAGUGUGACAAGUGUUCGCGGGAGUUCUGCUCUCCGAUUAACCACCGGAGACAUAUACGGAUGCACCGGCGGUCUUUAAACGUUAACAAGGAAUCUCAUAAAAGUAGGGAUUUGUUGGCAGCAUUUUGGGAUAAGUUAUCUUUUGACGAGGCUAAAGAAAUUGUAUCAUUUGAUGAUGUGGUUCUGGAGGAAGUUUCUGGUUCUUCAAUAAUAAAGGCAUUGGCAUCAUUCAUCUACAAGCCAGGAUUUUUUGCUCUUUCACAAGUCUAUCAAAAGGCUGGCUCUUCGCUCUUGGAUGUAAUUCAAGCUAGACCUUCCAGGCUUCCAAUAUCGUCCCAGGAGCUAUUUAGCAUACUUGAUGAUGCUAGUGAGAGAACAUUCUUAUGCGCUGGCACAGCAGAAUCAAUGCAGAAGUACGUAUUUGACAGGGAGGCUGGAAAAGUUGCCCUUGAGAUGAAAAACUUGGUUGCUUGCACCAGCUUCCUUAUUGAACAAAAACUGGUUAAAGCAUGGCUUGCUGACAAAGAUGCUGAAGCUUUAAGAUGCCAGAAAUUGCUUGUGGAGGAAGAAGAAGCUUCCAUGAGAAGGCAAGCUGACUUGUUGGAAAGGAAGAGACAGAAGAAGCUUCGACAGAAGGAACAGAAAGCAAAGGAACAAUUCCGUGAGGAAGAACCUCUGAAGAAUAUGGUUGAUAAUGUAUCAGAGAGCUUGACAUCUGCAGAACCUUCUAGUCCUACAACCCUUGUAGAUUCACAUCUUUCAGGUGAAGGAACCUCUGAUGAUGUUCCAACAGUCCUUGUGUCUGUAUCUAAUAAUGAACCUGCAGAAACUGAAGCCCAAGGUGUACUCAGCAGUGAACCUGUUGAUUUAUGUCUUGCCCAAAAUGAUGAACACAGGAAGAGUCGAGGAAAUGGCCGUCAGCAUUUAGGGUCAACCAGAUGGCAGGUGCCAAAAACACAAAGAAUUGGAUGCAAUGGCUGUUAUCACGGCCCAAGUUCAAAUGUGGUGAAAACUGAACCUACACCAAAGCACAUUUUCCACAGGGAUGCAAGGGCUGCCCCAGUCAAUCGCAAUAAAGUGUGGACUAAAAAAGCCAAAGCAGAUAAUGGGGGGAAAUGUGCAGCAAGCAGAGGGGUAGUGGAUGUGAAUCAAAUUGAGCAAACUGGCUGUGCAGUUAUGAUUGGAUCUAUAUCCGUGACGGUGAGAAAUUCUGAGGCAGAACAGGCUAGUAGUCAGUCUGAAGCUCAAGAUUCCUGCGAUAUCAAGCAUGUUAAGAAAGUUGUUGCUCAAGACAAGCUGAUGAAAGAAGAUGUUCCGAGUAGCACAACUCGGUCUACUGUGAAGUGUUGGAUGCCUGUGAGCAGGCAUGAGAAUAUAGGUCGAGGUCAAUCUGCUCAAAGUGACAAUCAAGAAUCUGACAACAAUCCAAUUUCGAGAAUUGGUGGUGAUAGUAUGAUGCCAGGUAAUAGUGGUUUUUGUUCUUGCGAAAUGGAAAGCAGUUAUGGUAAAAGCAGCGAAAUCAUGGAGACAAAAGACUCGCACUUCUCCACUCACCCUGCAAGAGCGUUUCUCGCUGAAAGAUGGAAAGAGGCCGUCUCAGGGGAGCAUGUGACCUUGGUCCUAUCUCCAGAAUCUGACUGUCAGCUAGCAUCAAUGAUCAAGGAAUGCGACGUUAGUGGCGUAGCAGGUAACAGGCCGGCCAGAAUUUCUCCAAGCAACAGGCGCCAGAAAGCCAAAUCCAGAACAAAGUCUGAAAAGAAUGUCCAAAUAAAAUACAUUCCCAAACAGAAAAAUGUUACGUAGGUAAUAAAAGGAGAAGAAUUAGACUGUUAUACAAAUUGUGCAGUUAAAGUGUGCCGCAAUUACAUCAUUCCUAGCUUCAGGGGUUCCAGCUUUAUUCGUGGCACUCCAGUCGGAGGAAAAUAUUUACAGUUUUUUUUUAUAUUUAUAUCGUUGAAAUUUUGGGUAGAUGGGGAUAUUGUCUCACUGUCUAGAUGAACUCUUGCAAUAAACUGGGUCUCUAGUGCAGUUGCAUAGGUUUUUUUGCAGUGUAUUCUAUUUGUUUCAGACCUAUUGAUAUUCUCUUUCAGUACAGCAGCAAAACCCCAGUUCAGUAGCA